AUGUUCGCUCCUGCUGCGCGAAGCCUCCUCGCCACAUCAGUGCGUGCAUCGGCGAACCCAAAAAACGCAUUCAACAAAGUUUAUGGGUCCGCCAGGACAGUUGUUACUGUCAAAACUGUCAAGUACACCGCGACGGCGAGAGCACAAGGCGCUGGACGGAAUGGCACAGUCAAGUCGGGAAAUCUCGAUCUCAAGCUUGCAUCUCCCAAGGAGCUAGGAGGAGAUGGAAAGGGCGAGAAUCCCGAGCAGCUUUUGGCCAUGGGAUACUCUGCAUGCUUCCUUGGGGCCGUGCAACUGCUUGCGAAGAAGCAAGGGAAAGAGGAGAUGGCGAAAGCAGCUCAGAUUGUUGCCAACGUGAGCUUGGGCGAGUCGGCUGAAAAGCCUGGCUUUGGUUUGACUGUGGACAUUCAAGCCGUGGGUAUUGACGAGGAGUUGGCGCAGGCAGCCCAUGAGUUCUGCCCAUUUAGCCGCGCCUUGACACAAGGUGCAGUUGUCAAUGUUUCUGUUUCCAAAUAA